UUCGACCCUGUCGCUAUUUAACCCGAUUACUUAAAACGAAACGGAGAACGAAGACGAUUAUCAUAAACCGACACUAAUAAAACAAGAUGCCUUCCAUCAUGAAGACCGUAGGAGUUGUGGCAGGAUUGGCCGCCGUUGCUAGCGCUCUACCAGCUUACCCCAAGUUGACGACGAGACAAAACCACAUUUACAACCUCGCCAAGCGACAAAACGCCGCCGCCGCCGCUCUCGGCCUGCAAGACGUCGAUAUCCUCCAAUUCGCUUUGACCCUGGAAUGGCUUGAGGCUUCCUUCUACCAACAAGGCUUUGCUCAGUUUGGAGACGACCAAUUCAAGGCUCUCGGCUUGAACGAUAUUCAACUCGCUGACCUUAAGGGAAUCGGCUCUAGUGAGCAGUCCCACGUCGGUCUACUACAGAGUUCUAUCGCACAAGCCGGUGUCCAGCCCGUCCAGCCUUGCCAGUACAACUUCGGCUUCACUGACGCCAAGGGCAUGGUUGCGACUGCUGCCAUCCUUGAGAGUGUCGGUAUCUCUGCCUACCUAGGUGCCGCUCCUCUUGUUUCCGACACCAAGAUCCUUAGCACUGCUGCUUCUAUCCUCACCAUUGAGGCCAGGCACCAGUCUUUCAUCCGUGUCGCCUCGGGAGUUGCCGCCUCCCCAUCUCCCUUCGACACUCCCCUAGGACCUAAGGCUGUCUUCUCUCUCGCAGCCCCAUUCAUUCAAUCCUGCCCCGGUGGUUCCAACUUGAUCCUUACUGCCUUCCCGACCCUGACAAUGACGAGCCCUGCUCCGGUAGCCGGCGUCAUGGCCCUGGCACAAGGAUCCAUGUUGAACUUCCAAAGCGACGCCGCGUCCGGAGCCACCUUCUGUGGUUUCACCAACUCGGCCGCGCCCGGUGGCACUGCCUUCUCCGCCUUCUCCCCUGCUCAAGGUUGCGCUCUUCCCCCCAACCUAGCUGGUACCGUCUACGUCACCCUCACCAGCGCCAACCCCGCCGACGGUGUUCUGACGGAUGCCAUCACGCUUGCCGGACCUAUGGUCAUGAACCUCAGCUAAGCGUCUUAUUAAACCAGAUCGGAGGAAAGGAAAAGAACGGGAAUGUUUCUUAUAAUGACGCGCCGACACACCGGCGCGGGUCUUAAUGCUUAAACUAUGAUGAUGGAGGAGGAAUGUCAUUUAAACGGCUACCGACAUAUCAGGAGCCGCCGAGAUGGGGCGC